ACAAUAACACUUAUCUUGUUAGCUAAUUAUCAUGUUUAGACAAAAAAUACAUUUCCCUUAAAUUUAAUUUCUGUUGUGUCACUUCUAUGGUUAGUGGAUGUAUGAUUCCACAUGGCUAUGCACCUUAUCAACACAACACUCUUCAUACAUUAGCAUAUGGUGUUGUCUAAAUUUUUUGAGUAUAUAUAUAUUUUAGACCAAUUGUUCAAAUUCAAUAUACAACCUAAAUAAGAAUUUGCUUCAUAGUUUAAUUUACUCUCCCUUUUAUUUAAUUUCUCAGAAAUUCAAAAAACCAUGAUUAGUGCAAAGAGGCUAAUAGAAAUGGCGAAAAAGUGGCAAAAAAUGGCUGCUCGAAAACGCAAGAGGAUCUCAUACCCAAGAAAUGAAGCGGAUAUGAAAUCUUCAUCGGUAAAUAAGGGUCACUUUGUUGUUUACAGCAUCGAUAGUAAGAGGUUUGUGAUUCCUCUAAAGUAUCUUAGCACAAACGUGUUUAGAGAACUCUUCAAAUGGUCUGAGGAAGUGUUCGGAUUACCAGGGAAUGGACCUAUUAUGUUACCGUGUGAUAGUGUUUUCUUGGACUACGCAAUCUCGUUAGUUCAAGAACAGAUUCCUGAAGAUGUGGAGAAGGCUUUGAUCACUUUCAUGUAUGCUGCUUGUCAAAACGAGGCAUCCUCUUCCUUUCACGAUCUUAGGCUAAAUAAUGAACCAAUAAUUAUCUAUGGCUUUUGAAGAGAUUUUGAUUUUUUGUUUUUUGUAAGGAUCAGUUUUGUAUAUAUAACUAAUAAUCCAAUAACACAUGUGUUAUUCAAAAUAUAAAGUAUCGAAA